AUGGCGCCGACGACGCUCAGACUCACGAACCGCUCGCCGAAGCAGCCCGUCAAGCGGCUCCCGGCGUCGGUCGAGCUCCCUGCCGAGGCCACUGUCGAGGACCUCAAGAAGCUCAUCGCCCAGACGUCCAAGAUUGGCGACUACAACCGCAUCGGCCUCUUCGACCCGUCGACCAGGAAGACGCUCAAGAACCGCAAGGCCCGCGUCUUUGACGAGCAGAAUGUCGCCGCCGCCGGCGAGGUGCUCGUCAAGGACCUCGGCCCGCAGAUUGCCUGGCGCACCGUCUUCCUCAUCGAGUACCUGGGCCCCAUCCUGAUCCACGUCCUCGUCGUCGCCGCUCGGCCGUACAUCUACCGCGAUGCUGGCGCCACGGCCGAGGCCAUGUCCUUCACCCAGUGGCUCAGCUUCGGCAUGAUCGUUGCCCACUUCGUCAAGCGCGAGCUCGAGACGCUGUUUGUUCACAAGUUCUCGGCCAACACGAUGCCCGUCUUCAACAUCUUCAAGAACAGCGUCUUCUACUGGGCCCUGUCCGGUCUGCUCUGCGCGCUGUCCAUCUACCACCCGCGCUCGUUGGCUGCCCGCGCCGAUCUCCCCGUCAUCGACGCCGUCGGCACCGCCCUCUACCUGUUUGCUGAGAUGGGCAAUGCCACGGUGCACUUGUAUCUGUCGUCGCUGCGAUCGCCUGGCGGCACCGAGCGCCAGAUCCCGUCGGGCUACGGAUUCGGGCUCGUCACCUGCCCCAACUACAUGUUCGAGAUCCUGGCUUGGGUGGGCAUCAUCAUCGCCAGCCGCGACUGGGCCGUUGCCGUCUUCAUCAGCGUGGGCGCUGCGCAGAUGUAUACCUGGGCUCGGGGCAAGGAGAGCGCGUACCGCAAGGAGUUUGGUGACAAGUACAAGAAGAAGCGCUACGUCAUCCUCCCCGGCCUGCUGUAA